AACUCAAUUAAUAGAUUUAGUUCUAUGGAUUUUUAAUAAGAAAAUACAAAUUGAAUAUCUAAUCAAUUGAAGGCAUGUCUUCUACCGUCCUCAUAAAUCCAGAAAAAGCACAAAACGUUGGGAUUCGCUGCCGUGUGCAUUUCCCUGAUUGUAAAGUUGAUGACAGAGAUAUAUUUGAACAUUGGAUGGCUUUUGAGCUUAAGGAGAGAUUGUUAUUUUCUUAUCCGAAUCUUGAUCCUUACAACUAUGAUGUGAUCAUCCGUUUCCAUGACGAAUCACAGAAUGUUAUUCCAGAUGAAACAGAGUUAAAUGCAGAAGAUCUAAAGAGAUGUGAAGGAAUUUAUAUUGUCAUUAGAGGCCAAGAUGGAAACAGGGAGGCAACACCUAUUGGAAACAUACACCCAAGAUAAAUUCCUGGUGUUUUAAGUACCAAAUACUAUUGGAGACAAUCACAUUUCUUUUGACGUACAGACAUGCUUUACUUAAAAUAUAUAUAUCUAUUUUUAUAAAAGUUUGUAAAUUAUUCUUGUUUUAUGCCUUUGGUCACUGGCAUAGCAGAGUUUUACAAUUUUAGUUUUCAAGUGUUUUAUUUCAUAAUUUUCUGUGAAAUAAUGAUAAGAAUAUUAAAUAAAUUAAAACUGUAAGGAAAUAUAGUAAUGAUGGUAAGUUUGCAUAUUAUUUGCUGUUUGAUAAGUAGCAUGAUUAAUUUAAAACUAUAAGACACUGAGAAACUCAAGCUUGUCUACUGAUUUAUGGAUUUAUGUACCAUUACAUUGCAUAUUUGAAAGCACAUAUGAAUAAAUAUUAUGUUUUUAGAACAAAUUUCAUGAGUGUUGCUACCUUCAUUUUAGAAUUAUCUAGUU